AUGUCCUUUGGGAGAGACAUGGAGCUGGAGCACUUCGACGAGCGUGACAAGGCGCAGAGGUACAGCAGGGGCUCUCGGGUCAACGGGCUGCCCAGCCCGACCCACAGCGCCCACUGCAGCUUCUACCGGACACGCACCCUGCAGACCCUCAGCUCCGAGAAGAAGGCCAAGAAGGUCCGCUUCUACCGCAACGGAGACCGGUACUUCAAAGGGAUUGUGUAUGCCAUCUCCCCCGACCGUUUCCGAUCGUUUGAGGCCCUGCUGGCGGAUUUGACCCGAACUCUGUCGGAUAACGUGAAUUUGCCCCAGGGAGUGAGAACAAUCUACACCAUUGAUGGCCUCAGGAAGAUCUCCAGCUUGGACCAGCUUGUGGAAGGAGAGAGUUAUGUGUGUGGCUCAAUCGAGCCGUUCAAGAAACUGGAGUACACCAAGAACGUGAACCCCAACUGGUCAGUAAAUGUCAAGACCAGCUCAGCUUCGCGGGCUGUGUCGUCGCUGGCCACCGCCAAGGGGAGCCCUUCAGAGGUGAGGGAGAACAAGGAUUUCAUUCGGCCCAAGCUGGUCACCAUCAUUAGAAGUGGGGUGAAGCCACGGAAAGCUGUCAGGAUUCUGCUGAACAAGAAGACCGCUCAUUCUUUUGAGCAGGUCCUCACCGAUAUCACCGAUGCCAUCAAGCUCGACUCGGGAGUGGUGAAGCGCCUGUACACCCUGGACGGGAAGCAGGUAGGAGAAGAUUUUGGUAUAACUGUGACUUGAAAGGCAAGCACCAGGGAGGUGGAGGAUAUUAGUGGCAUGCAGUGGG